UAGAUUCAAGAUAAUAUAAUGAAAUUACAUAUAAAGAUUUUGUCUACAUUUUUAUCAAAUAAAAUGUAAUCUUGUCUACAGAAAGAGAGAAAUACGAAACUAAAACAAAAUCCGCAAAGGGGCCACCGAGAAGUAGAAGUGACAUAAACGGCGAUUAGUUCUGUUGUUAGAAGUUGUUGCUACCCAGAUUAGAAAAAAAACCAGAGAUAUGAGUGGCAGGUGAUACUAGUAUUCCACAAGUCCCUGCAGCAAAUGUCAAGUCUCCAAGAUAUAUUCUAGAAGGAUCAGAUCUGUAUGUUCUGGUGAUUCAUGAUCAAAGACAGAGGGUAAAAGAUUUAUUGUAUGACUUAGAAGACAUGAAAACAAAGUCACAAUGGAGGAUAGACCAUGAUUUGGAGCAGCUAAAAAAAACUUUGGAAGAAAAAUUUAAACCUAAAUUCAAAGAAAUUGGUAUAGAUGAUGAGAUGAUGAUUUCGUGCUUUGAAAAAGAAUUACAAGAUGUUGCUCAAGCCAUUAGCACCUGUCCCAAAGUUGGAGCGUUCCUCUGUGUAUUUCUCGGAUUUGGUGGGUCUGAGUAUGUUUAUCUUGGACGUGAAAAAAAAAAAGAAAUUCAGAAAAUGGAAUUUGCUGAUGUGGUGAAACACUUCAAUGGAGAAAAUUGUAAAUCUUUGGUAAUGAAACCAAAAAUGUUCUUUGUUCAGGCUGAGACAACCAACCCUCCAACACCAAGAAGUGGACAAUUUGGUGGUACAGACGCAGAGGUUGGGUGGAUCAGGAUUCCCAUACAAGCAGAUAUUUUUGUCUAUUUUUCCUCAGCACUUGCAGGAGAAAUUUGGAAUGAAGUUCCGGUGAAUAACACAGAUGAACAAAAUGUGAUGUCCAGGUUUGUUAAAUUGUUGUGUUGUCAACUAAAAGAAUUAAAACCUAGUUCCAGUAUCGAGAUACAAAAGAUGGUGAUCAGAAUCAAUUCUCAGAUCCAACAGGCAGAAUUUAAAGACAACAUUAAACCACCUGUGGAUCUUUUACCACUUACGACAAGUCAGCUGACCAAAGAUCUUUUUCUGGCUGAUUUCAUGAAAAAGUGAAUGUGUAAGACUCUUACAUCUGUCAGAUCUUUUAUCUGGGAGUCCGUCUUAGUACAGAGUUAUCUGCUCUUUGUUGGUGAGAGUAACAUAAUGAUCUGGUGAAUAAACAAUAUGUCACAUGACUAUUUAAUGUCACAUGACUAUUUAAUGUCACAUGACUAUUUAAUGUCACAUGACUAUUUAAUGUCACAUGACUAUUUAAUGUCACAUGACUAUUUAAUGUCACAUGCCUAUUAAAUGUCACAUGACUAUUAAAUGUCACAUGACAUACAGACUUUCCUUUUAAAUUGUUUUCUCAUGGAGUCAAGUUAACAUUUUAACAUCAUGGAGACAAUAUAUACUUUAUAACAACUUUGAUAGGUCUAUUUUUGUAUUAACUUUACGAAGGUUUAGAAAUUUUGCUUGGUUGAUAAUUUGAGGCAUAUAUAUUAUCUUGAAAUCAUCCGUUGAAGUCCUCAUCAAUACCAAUAUUGGGCACAUUGUCAUGGAAACCCUACAAUGUAAGUAAUUUUUUGAAGUGUGAUUCUGGAGAUUUAGCUCCCUUUUGAGUUACUGACAUCUCUGCAUUUGAUAUUAAGCAAAGCUUUUACCACCAAAUUUCUUUGUUUGUUCUAUCAUGGAUCAGGAAGUGUUUUUAAAUUUGAAUUUCUCUGGGGACUAUUAUUCCAGUCUCGUUGUGGUAGAUUUCAUGUGAUUCUAAAUAAUUUAGCAAAAACACCACUGCUUCAACUCAACCACAAUCUUGUAUAUAUCUUAUCUUCUUUUUGUCGGCAGUUGAGUGGUUGUAAAGUAGAUUAUUUAUACCAGAUGUAUAUCAUAUAUGUAUUUUUAAAUGUGCAUUUUUCUCAUAUGAUCAAAUUUACAAUUAUGUGUCGCCUAAGUUUAACUCUAACACAGUUUACAGGUAUAUCAUGUAAAAUUAUAAGUGUAUAAUAUAUUUACUUAAAUGUAGAUUUUUUUAAGCACAAUCCAGUCUGUUCAUCACUCCAUAGAAAUAUUUAUAAUCCAAGGUUGUCAGCCAGAAGGGAUGUUUAUGUUAAAAGAUCUCCCUCCUCUAUACAAUAUGGACAUUUCAGUAUGACAACACUUUAUUAACAAAGAUCUCCCUCCUCUGUACAAUAUGGACAUUUUAAUGUGACAAUACUUUAUCAACAAAGAUCUCCCUGUCAAGUAUUGAGAAUACAAAGUGCAUAAAUGUAUAUGAUCAUGACAUGCAUAUUUUGAAAUAAUUUACAUCCAGAAAUAAUUUUAAGAUGGUUUUUUCUUUCAUCUUAAUGAUUAAUUAGUUGUGAUAUCUUUGUAAAAAUUACUCCAAGGGGUCUGAGGGGCGGGGCCAAAAGGGGUCAAUUUGGCUCUCUUAAUAUAAACGACUUCUUCUCUGAAAUCAAGCAAUGGAUAUCGCUCAUAUUUGCC